AUGAGGAACAUUGAAGAAUUCCGAUGUCCACGCUACUAUUUCGGCGCUGGACGAGUGCGGGCACUACAGCUGCACAUCUUCGUGGAUUCCAGCCAGUCGGCGUUCGCAGCAGCGGCCUAUUGGCGGGUCACAUACGAGAGCAGAGACGUUCAGGCGCAUUUCGUAUGCUCCAAGACGAAGUGCGCUCCGAUGAGGACAAUGUCGAUUCCCCGUCUGAAACUUCAAGCAGCAGUAUUGGGUACAAGACUGAUGGGCACCUUCAAGCAGGAGCACGGUGUGGCGAUCAGCGGCUGCGUACUAAUGACAGAUUCUAAGACUGUGCUGCACUGCAUAAGCAGCACCCACCGGAGAUACAAACAGUUCGUCGGAAACCGGGUGGCGGAAAUCUUAGAAUCCACAGAGAUGUCCCAAUGGAGAUAG